UAUCCCGCGUUGCGUCCCCUUCACAGCAGAGUCGGACAUACGCCAAGCAAAACGUCGACAUUCGCCGUUCUACUUUCGCUUCACCCGGUGAUCAUCGGAGAAGAGAAAGCCAGAGAGAUCUCCGGGCUCAGACGCGAUGGCGGCGCCGGCUGUGAACGUGAUGCUUGCGGUGCACGAGAAAAAGACCGCCCCUGUCGAUCUCUACCGCCCAUUCCGGCAGUACAUCGCUGCCAAUUUCUCCGAGCGCGAAGCUCAGAUGGCGGAGGAUGACCUCGAAUCUGUCCGACAGAUGCGAUCCAACGUUGAGAAACCUACCGACCCCUCGCCAGAGUCCCGUCGAGAUCUACUCGUGGCCUACUUUCGCGCCCUAGCCCUUAUCGAACCACGCUUCCCUAUUUCCUCCGAGCGAUCCCACGUCAACUCCCUCACCUUCACUUGGUACGACGCUUUUAAGCCCUCCAAGAAGGCUUCUCUCCAGAGCAUCCACCUCGAGAAGUUUGCCAUCCUAUUCAACAUUGGGGCUGCUUACAGCCAGAUAGCCCUAUCAGCGGAUAGAACCUCGCAAGCAGGGCUCAAGCAGGCGUGCAAUGGCUUCCAGGGCGCGGCCGGGUCCUUUGCAAUGCUCCGUGAGGUCGUUGCGCCAAAACUAGCAGCGCUCGGUACUGGCACUAUUGACCUGUCGGUUGAAUGUGCGGGCAUGCUUGAGCGUCUCAUGCUUGCACAGGCGCAAGAGUGCUUUUUUGAGAAGGUUAUAGCAGAUGCCAAGCCCCCCGGCAUCUGCUCCAAGGUCGCACGGCAGGUUGGCCUAUUCUAUGAGGAAGCUUAUGCAACACUAAAUGCUGCUCCACUUAACCAGCAUUUGGACAGAACAUGGAUCGCUCAUAUUCAGUUGAAGGCAGCUCAGUUCUAUGCAGAGGCAUGCUAUAGAUGUUCUUUAGAACUCCAUGCGAAGGAAGAGAUUGCAGAAGAAAUAGCAAGGCUUAAGCUUGGGAUUAAUGCUUUAUCCGAUGCAAAAAAAUCUGCAAAGGGUGUUGCUGCACCUCUUCUUGAUGCAGUUUCCAGACUGGAGGGUCAUAUGAACCAGAAUCUGGAACGGGCAAUUAAGGAGAAUGAUAGGGUGUAUCUCAUGCGUGUUCCACCUGCCAGUUCAUUAAUUUCUCUUCCUGCUGCUUCUCUUGUCAAGCCUGUGUCUAUGACGGAAGUCUUAGAUGCAAGCAAGGAAAGGUUGUUCUUAAACAUUGUUCCUGAUAAUAGUACGAAGUCUUUGUCACGGUAUACAGAAAUGGUUGAUGAUAUUAUUCGAACACAAGCUGAAAAAUUGCAGCAGGGGAGUGAGAUCACUAGAGUCAAGUUAAAGGAGAUGGAGCUUCCUGAUUCCAUCUUAGCACUAGAUGGUAGUUUUAGUUUACCCAUGGAUCUAAAGGAAGACGUUGAAGCUGUGCAGAUUUGUGGUGGCCCAUCAGGCUUACAUGCUGAGUUGCAACAACUUACAGAUUUGAGAAGGGUCAAUCAGGAAUUGCUGGUUCAGACUGAGGAACUAUUACAAAAAGAAGCAAAUGAGGACGCUCAAUUCCGCACCCAGUUUGGAACAAAGUGGACUAGACCUCAGUCUAGCACCCUAACAAAGAACCUUUUUGAUAGGCUGAAUAGAUUUGCUGCGAACCUUAAGCAAGCUAAUGAAAGUGAUGCUAGGAUUGAGCGAGCUAUCAGAGAUCAUUCCACUCUCAUGUCAAUCCUUGAUCAUAGACCAAUCGAAUCUGCUCUUCCAAGUCUUGCAAGACCCAUAAUGUCAUUGGAUAAUAAUGAAGAUGCUAUAGUUGGAGCGCUAAAACAAAGCUUGAGGCAUCUGGAGAACCUAGGUGCACAAAGGGCAGGCUUGGAAGAUAUGCUUAAAGAAAUGAAAAGGAAGGAUGAUAUACUACCAAAACUGUUGGCUACAAGUGGAUCACAUGAAGAUCUUUUCAAGAAAGAGAUAGCAAAGUAUGAUUCAAUCCGUGAAGAAAUUGCCCAAAAUAUAGAGGCACAAGAGCAGCUAUUGCUUCAAAUUCAGGCACAAAAUGAAGAGUUCGCUGCCAUAUUUAAUCUCGAAGAUUAUAAAGCUGCUCGUGACAAAUGCUACAAACAAAUUGCUGCUGCCAUAGCAAAAUAUCAAGAAAUUAAAGACAACAUCAACGAGGGAAUGAAGUUUUAUGUUACUCUCCAGGAUGCAGUAAACAAUGUGAAGCAGCAGUGCAGUGACUUUGUUAUGACCAGAAACAUUCAGUGCCGCGAAAUGCUCGAGGAUGUGCAGAGACAAAUGGCUGGGCUAAACUUUGGUUCGGGUCCGUCGAACCCCUCAAGAACCGGCUCCCAUCCAGCAACGGAUCCACAAUCGGCAUCCCGGUUCUCCUUUAAGUUACCUUUUUUCCACCAACCCGCUCAGCACCCAAGGCCUGAGUUCUCUCAGCCAUCAUAUCCAAAUUACACGCCGCAGCUGCCACAGCCGCAGCCGUCUUACCAGCAGUAUGCCAAUCAGCCACCCAGCCAUGACUACAGCCAGCCAGCUUACCCAGGUUGGCGUGGCCCGUAUUAUAACACACCGCCACAGCAGCCGGGUACCGGACACCCCCCGCCGCCGCCUUACAAUGUUCCUCAGAAUUAUCCACAGGGCGGUUAUUACCGUCCCCAGUAGAGCAUCAGUCUCAACGCUUGCAUAUAUCUAAACAUCAUUUAUUGUAGUCCUCUUGUGAUGAUUUAUCUUUUGUUGUCCAAAUGAUGUGAGAUAUUUGUAAAUAAAUUUGUCAUAGUUUGCUUCUUUCAUGUCAUGGAUUGUUAUUUAAAACUUUAUACAAGGAGACGUUAUUUGUUUUGUAAAUAUGGAUAUUUAUGCUUUUUUGUUU